AUGGGUCUUCUCUUAUGCUAUUACAUGUGUCGGAAGGAGGAGGAGCCUGCGUCAUCAUCACCGAGAGGUGACGACAAAAAGGGUGAAACGACUGGAACGAAAGAUGGAAAUCUUGUUGUCAUGACGUCGUCGGGAAAGAGUAUGACUACCGGAGGAUGCUGUUGCGGUGGAGGAGUUGGUGGUGGUCCUUUUGGUGGUUGCGCCGGCGACGGCGGUUGUGGAGGAGGUUGUGGAGGUGGGUGUGGAGGGGGUGGCGGUUGA